GACUCGGAUCAGGCUUGCUGUUCGUGAUUAUAACAAAAUAAUGGAUAUGUAUGAACAACUGGUGUAGUGUUGUUUACAUGAGAUGUGAAAUGUCACAGAGAACAACAUUGUAUGUGAAAAGUGGGAGGUGACCCUGAAUCAAUGAUUUUUCAAGGUGUGGGUUUGGAGCUGUCUCAAAUGGGAAUAUGAUACAUCAGUGGUGUAAAGUAUCAGCAGCAAAGUUGUAAAAUUAACUUGAGGAAAUCACUGGACCAUUAGUUUACCUAUAGUACAGCCGUAAAAUACAGGUAUUCAUGUGACAUACGAAACCUUGGGAGAGUAUAUACUGUAUUCACUAUUAUAUCAAAUGUUUAUGAUUCAUUUAACAUCUGUGUAGGUGCACUUAUAAGUGGCAAGUCAUCAAAAAAUUUGCUUACUAUUCGGGGAAAGAUGUAUCUUUAAGUGUAGGAGGUAUACUUUGCCUCACAAGGAUUCAAAAUGUGAUUCAUAAAGAUUUUAGUGUUAAAUAAUGGCAAGGAAUUAUAGUAGUGAAGGAGAUUUGGUGACAACGCAGCCGAAUUCUGUUAAUAAAGGGUGUAUUUUCUCACUUUCUACGGGUAAUAUGGGGAACGGCGCAGAACCAGGAGCAUCUGAAGUGAAUGGAAAUUAUAAAAUCGGGGAUGCAUGUAGUGGAGAUAUGUACCGGUUUAAAACAAGUUCAUUAAAAACUGGGUCUCGUGUUAGUUUCGCAGACCUAGACGGUGAUGGAAAUUUGAUUAAAACGUGUAGUGAGUCGGAGUUAGAUAUAGACCCAAAUAUAUCAUCUCUUAAUUUUGGGCGAAGUUUAUCAUACUCCGCCAUAGAGAGAACCAAAAAUACGGAGUUGCUUACACAUGUGUGUGCAAAAACUAAGCCAUAUGAUACACACUCGCUAAGUUCACUCGAUCGUUUGUCAACUAGUCCCAUACAAGAGGAAGUAGCGGAAAUGUGCGAGCAGAUCAAUGGCGAGGAAAGUGAAUUGGAACAAAAUGAUACUGAGAGCCUUGACGAACCUUCUGAACAAAUUCUUCAUUCUAGUCAUUCUGUUUCUCCACCAAGAACUGUGACAAAGGGAAAACCACCGUUACCGAAUGGAAAGUCAAAACAUAGACCUGGUUCAGGAAAACAAUCAUCAUGGUUAUUGAGAUUGUUUGAGUCUAAAAUGUUUGACAUGUCCAUUGCCAUUUCUUACUUGUUCAAUUCAAAGGAACCUGGUGUCCAGACAUACUUAGCCAACAAGAUGUUCAGUUUUGUAGAGCAUGAGGUGGAUUUUUACCUGCCGCAGUUAUUGAACAUGUACAUCCACAUGCAUGAUGUCGCUGAAGCUGUUCAUCCAUACGUGGUUCACAGGUGCCGUAGCAGUGUGGAAUUUUCAGUAAAGUGUGUAUGGUUGCUUAGUGCCUUUUCUGCAGAUGUGUUGAAACCAACAUGGAAGACCUCACAGGGUCUUAAACUUAGAAAUAUGAUUCUGAACGAAGAACUUAGUCAUCAUAGUCAUAGUCACAAACAUGGACAUCGGAGAAACCAGUCCCAUCAUAUAACAUCGAACAGUCCUCUAAACCACAGCAUGAACAAUACAUUAUCUCCAUCUGGCAAGAAGACCCACACAAGGUCUCGCUCAGACGCUACAGGUAUUUACAUUAAACAAAGUAACAGUCACUCCACGAGCACUCUUCAUAAUUAUGCCUGCGGAGAUCUGGCAUCGGGACGGGCAUUUGACAAUGGUUGUUUAUGUUACCAGAGUUCAGAAGGGGUAAAGAAUGGCUUGACAGGGAGAGAGAUGAAUUGUAAUUGUGGGGCUCCACGACUGACCCCACAGAUAGAGUUUAUCAAAGCAUUGAUGAGUAUAGGAACACGGUUGCAGCAGUUACCCACCAAGGAACUUAGAGGUUCAAGAUUAAUGGCAGAGCUUGCAAUGUUAAAUCUCAAUUUACCUGCUCGAGUUUGGUUGCCAACGGCACAAUUUGAUCACCAUGUUGUUAGAAUACCUCAUACACAAAGUGUUGUUCUCAACUCAAAAGAAAAGGCUCCAUAUUUGAUAUAUGUAGAAGUAUUAGAAUGUGAAAACUCUCUCACAAGCCAAGUGCCUAACAAGAUCCUGGAAAACACGCUUCGAUACACACGUUCUGAAGAAGAUCUCGCAACAUUUUAUCACCACGGCAACACUUCUCCACGUGACUUUAGUGUGUAUGGUAGUAUGACAGAUUUUGAUGAUGCCGAUUGUUGGUCACAAGAAGAUGAUGAAAUCAUUCAGGUGUAUCAUGUUAUUUUGGAUCUUCAGUUGCACCUGUCAAUGAAGAGUAUCAAGUCAUGUGACUCUAUCUCCCAGUUCUCUAUCGAGAGUUCUACAAGUGGAGACAGCAAGGAUCCAGUAUAUAUUGCAGCCGGAGACAUACGAAGACGACUGUCAGAAAAUAUUUCUGCUCCAAAGGGGAAAUUUGAGAGAGAUCCCGAAGAUCCCUCAGCGGCAGCCCUCAAGGAACCCUGGGAGGACAAAGUUCAGCGAAUAAGAGAGUCAUCACCGUAUGGUCACCUUCAUAACUGGAGACUUAUGUCAGUGAUAGUGAAGUGUGGGGAUGAUCUGAGACAAGAAUUGAUGGUCUAUCAAGUCUUAAAACAAUUGCAGACAUUUUGGGAAUUAGAGCAUGUUCCAUUAUGGAUCCGACCAUACAACAUCGUGGUCACAUCGAACAACAGUGGUAUGAUAGAGCCAGUAUUGAACGCCGUCUCCUUACAUCAGAUCAAGAAGCACAGUAAAAUGACUCUACUGCAGUAUUUUGAGCACGAGUUUGGACCACAGAAUAGUGAAGAGUUUCUCACCGCUCAGAAAAACUUUGUACAGAGUUGUGCGGGAUAUUGCCUCGUCUGUUAUCUCAUGCAGGUCAAAGACAGGCACAAUGGCAACAUUCUGUUAGAUUCUGAAGGCCAUAUUAUACAUAUAGACUUUGGAUUUAUUCUCUCCACAUCACCUGGGAAAAAUCUUGGAUUUGAAAAUUCAGCCUUCAAACUUACACAUGAAUUUGCAGAGGUGAUGGGAGGAGAAGGGAGUGACAUGUUUGAAUACUUCAAGAUCCUUAUCUUGCAAGGACUUAUUGUUUCAAGAAAGCAUAUGGACAAGAUUAUCCCUCUUGUUGAGAUCAUGCAGACAGGUUCCCAGUUGCAGUGUUUUAGCAAGGGCAUUAGCACAAUAAGGGCAUUGAAAGACAGAUUUCAUCUGACGUCCACAGAGGAACAGUUACAGCUGCUGGUUGAUAACAUGGUCGAGUCGAGUUUAAAUUCUCUCACCACAAAACUUUACGAUGGUUUUCAGUAUUUCACGAAUGGCAUUUUGUGAUGAAUGUUCUUUUAUUAGAACAAUUGUUUGGAACAAUAGAAAGUAGAAAGAUAUUGAAAGAAAACAGCCGCAAAUAGCAGUAUUUCUCCACUUCAAGUAUCAGUGGUUGACGUUAAUUUAUGCACGUUGUUGUUAUUGGCACAGGAAAAAGUGAUGAGCAUGAAAAACAGCUGUAGGCCAGCAGUAUUUCUUUGCUACAAGAAACAGUUUGACGAUUUUUGCGAUUUGUGAAAAAAUUAUCAAUGCAAUUAGUUAAUGGCAGAAUUCUAAAAUGAUUUAGAAAUAGUCGAAACUGAUAGUCAGUCAUGAAAAUUUUGUUUAAUGUGUAAUUAUGUAAUUGUAUUAAAGGAUUCAUACAUCAAAGAUUUCAUUUGAUGUCCAUUUUUAGCUCAUCUGAUUUUUUGAAAAAAAAUGAUGAGUUAUUGUCAUCACUUGAGCGGUUGUCGGCGUCGGCGUUGCCUGGUUAGGUUUUAUGUUUAGGUCAGCUUUUCUCCUAAACUAUCAAAGCUAUUGCUUUGAAAUUUGGAAUACUUGUUCACCAUCAUAAGCUGACCCUGUAUAGCAAGAAACAUAACUCCAUCUUGCUUUUUGCAAGAUUUAUGGCCCCUUUUGUACUUACAAAAUAUCAGAUUUCUUGGUUAAGUUUUAUGUUUAGGUCAGCUUUUCUCCUAAACUAUCAAAGCUAUUGCUUUGAAACUUGGAAUAAUUGUUCACCAUCAUAAGCAGACCCUGUACAUCAAGAAACAUAACUCCAUCUUGCUUUUUGCAAGAAUUAUUGCCCCUUUUGGACUUAGAAAAUCAGUUUUCUUGGUUAAGUUUUCAUGUUUAGGUCAGCUUUUAUCCUAAACUAUCAAAGCUAUUGCUUUAAAACUUGCAACUCUUGUUAACCAUCAAAAGCUGACCCUGUACAGCAAGAAACAUAACUCCAUCCUGCUUUUUGCAAGAUUUAUGGCCCCUUUUGAACUUAGAAAAUAUCAGAUUUCUUGGUUAAGUUUUAUGUUUAGGUCAACUUUUUCUCUUAAACUAUCAAAGCUAUUGCUUUGAAACUUGUAACACUUGUUCACCAUCAUAAGCUGACCCUGUACAGCAAGCAACAUAACUCUAUCCUGCUUUUUGCAAGAAUGAUGGCCCUUUUUAGACUUAGAAAAUCAUGGGGAGAACAAUAUUUCUAUUAUACAAAAAAAAUCAGAUGAGCGUGGUGCUCUUGUUAUGUAUGUCACUAUUAUUAAGUUUGCAGGAUACAGCCUUAAAUAAUGCUAAGCGAUAAAUAAACUUUAUCUGUGAUUUCUGUUUACGAGUGGCCAGUUUUUUAAUGCAUUAAAAAAAAAAUAAGGUACACUGUGAUCUGAUAAUGAAGUAAUAUAUUUUGUAAAAAUUUCAUGAAUUCAUUUUCUCACCAAUUAUAUAUGAAAUUGUAAUAGAUAAGGUAUAUUUUUUACCUGUAUAAUGCUGUAGAGAAAUGUAUUACAAGCUUGGCUUGUGUCAUUAUUUAUAAACACUGUAAAAUCUUUAAUACAUUGCGUGACUAAAAGCUCACUGUAUUAUGAUAGUAGAAUAUUUAAAAUAUAUGCUCAGAUUUUUAGAUAGAUAGAGCUAAUUAUAACGGUAAUAUAUCUCUUUUGCAAGUGUUAAUUUUAGCCAAUAGGGACUGUUAGAGAAUAUAGUAAAAAUGAGUUCCUUACGAAAAUUUCUGAUUCUGCAGUUUACAGGUUCUUGCAUUAUUUUGUUCUCUUUUGAUGUAAAAAAACAGUAAAAUGACUUAACUCAGUCAGUAGAAAAUGGCUCACAGUGUUACUGCGCUUUUUAUUUUUAGACGAUACAGUGUGUUCCACUUUUAAAGGGGCCUCCAUUGUCUAGUCAUUCAGUUUCCUGACUUUGAAUUACUUGUCUCUCACCACUUUCAGUUUGAAAUACUGCCUUUAGGUGUAGAAUAUAUCUCAUGUUAAGAAGUCAUCCAGCUGGUUUACUGAAGGGUCAUUGGUUCAACUUGGUUGCCCACUAUGUCUGAAAUAAUGUCUAAAGGGGCACAUAGGUCUUCCUCCACUAUGAAAGACUGGAAAGUGGUGAUAUGGCCGAAAAUUUUGAUAUAUUAACUUACAACUGAACAAAACUGCAGGGUUUCAUAAUUAGAACUAAAGCAUUUACAAGUUUGUUAAAGAUACACUGUUUAAAGUAGCCAGAUCAUGUGUUUCUUUUCUACAUUUUUUUGCUACAACUUUCUCUGGCCUGUAGAUGUAUCAAUAUAAGACUGGUGGCAAAGUAAAAAUCCAUGUAAUAUGAUUAAUGACACUGGUUGAAAAUUGAUCAUUUCAGAGACAGCUUCGCCCUCUUCGAUUAGUUUGAGAAUUUAUUCUAGUCCUUUUAUGCAAGUUUGAGUAAAGAGUAUAAGAUUUUCUGAAAGCAGAUCACCUCAUGUUUUGUUUCUGUAUUUGGAGAUAAGAAUUUGAAUUAUCUCGACAAGUUUUAAAGGACUUGUAUCAUGCUCAUACAUUUCUAUAACUCAUAAAAUGAACAGACUGAGACAAGAGUAUAUACUAUCUUAAUUAUUGCCUUCUGAUGUGGAUGGUAUGAGAAUAUACAGGUCUUGGAAAACUGAUACUGAGAGAAAGCACAGCGCGAGAAUGAUAUCACUUUCCCCAGUUUAAUAAAUUCAUAUUGGCCGAGCCUAAAAUACAACAAUUGUUUUGUUAAUAAAUCCAAUUUUUGAAAAGAGUUAUCAAAGCUACACGUUUGAGCCGCGCCAUGAGAAAACCAACAUAGUGGGUAUGCGACCAGCAAGGAUCCAGACCAGCCUGCGCAUCCGCGCAGUCUGGUCAGGAUCCAUGCUGUUCGCUAACAGUUUCUCCAAUUCCAAUAGGCUUUAAAAGCCAACAGCAUGGAGCCUGACCAGACUGCGCGGAUGCGCAGGCUGGUCUGGAUUCAUGCUGGUCGCAAACCCACUAUGUUGGUUUUCUCAUGGCACGGCUCAUUUUAUGCAAAGAUUGAUAGACUGACUAAUGGUAUAUUUCAGUGUAUAGUUUUAAAUUAUGCAUGAUGCUGUAAAGUUAUGACAUCAGAAUGUUUUGAAGCCACUGAUGAGAGGCAAUAUGUGUUUUUGACUCUGCUCACAUGUCCAUAUCACGUUUUAUCAUUGAUCAUGUGACUGUUUUUAGACCAACAGAAAUUACUAUAAAGAUAGAUUUAAUUAUAGAUAUAUGAAUUAUUUCCUUUUUUGUAAGAGAAUAGCAGUCUUGUUUUCACUUCCAUACACACAGUAUUUUUAUCUGGCUAUUAGACUAGUGACAUGAUAUGUCAGCAUGUUAAUGCAGAAUUUUGUCUAUAAUGGUUUAAAAGUGACAUACUUUUUAUCAUUAUUUCACUGUGAAUUUAAACUAAUUGUUAUUAGGUAGUAAUGUCCAAAAGAAAAUACACAUCAGGUAGUCAGAGAAAUGUAAUAAACUUACAAUUUGGCAUUAUUAGAAUUUCACGCUGAAUAAAUUUAUAUAAAAUUGUCAAAAUUUUGAAUAAUUUCCUGUUAAUGGUGGAUGCUGAGUUUUGAAAUAAUACAGCAACAUAAAAAUCUUUGAGCCUCGCCAUGAGAAAACCAACAUAGUGGGUUUGCGACCAGCAUGGAUGCAGACCAGCCUGCGCAUUCGCGUAGUCUGGUCAGGAUCCAUGCUGUUCGCUAACAGUUUCUCCAAUUCCAAUAGCGAACAGCAUGGAUCCUGACCAGACUGCGCGGAUGCGCAGGCUGGUCUGGAUCCAUGCUGGUCACAAACCUACUAUGUUGUUUUUCCAGUGGCAUGGCUCCUAUCUUGUUUCGUGAAUGUACGGGUAUUUGAUAUUUCUUGUAUAUUGAACAAUGUUGGCGUGUCAUAAUUAUACCGUACAAUACAUUAUUCAGACAAAAAACAUGGACACUCUCAACAAAUAAAAUGCAGCAAGUUUGAAUUGAAAUUUGGAAUCAUUGCAGACAGCUUUCGCUACAUGCGUAGAGGUGACGAUGUGUCUUUCAUUAUGUAUGUCACUUAGCCCCAUGCAUAUUUUUAACUACAGAUGUUCUGUUGUUGAAAUUUAAAUUAAUUUUUGUUCAUUUCAUUUGAGAAAACAAUUCGAAGGUGCUGUAUAUAAUAACUGGAGAUUUAUUAUGUUUUAUAUGCCUUUUGUUCCGUGACCAAUGUAUUUCUAUUUUUAUGCCCCCUUAUUAAGAAGAGGUGGUAUAUUGAUUUGCUCAGUGUCUGUGUGUCUGUCUGUCUGACGGUAUAUCGUUUGGAUUCUAAUCUAAAGCUAGAGAGUGCUUGGUUUCACAAUGGUCAAACUUCAUAGCAUAUUUGCUUCUGGUCAGCAGAUGGCCCCUAUUGUUUUGUGGGUCAGUAGGUCAAGUUCAUAUUGACUUCAAGAUUGAAAAUAACUGUAUUCAGUAAUGAGCCUUGGUCGUGUUACCAACGAAACAAUCACUCGAGAGCAAGAUAUUCCUGUUAACACCUUCACCUAGUGAAAGAUUAUUUUACAUACUGGAUUCUUCAAAUAAUAGAAGAAAUAUAAUAAAAACUGAAAGACUUGUAGAGUAGCAUAUGAAUUUAUUCGGUAAUAUUCAUCCUACACCCAGGAAUGUAAGACAAGAUUUACUCGCACUGGUAAAAACAGCUGAAAACACAUCAAAUUUGGAAGAAACGCCAUGCUUUUUAGAAGUUAAUACAUUUACACAAAUAACUAUAAACUAAAUGUGAUAUUCCUUUUGUAUUAAAUAUAGCUAAAAAGGCUUUUGACAAUUUCUGUGUCUAAAAUUUAAUUAGCUAAAAUUUAGAUAUUUCAUAGUAAACCACUUGUCAUGUAGCAUUUCUGGGACCAUUUGUAUAUUUCACUGACAUGCAUCAUGUUUUUUUCCUCAAUGAUUUUGUAAAAUACUUUAUCAGCAGAAAGAUAAAAGUUCAUUUAAUUUUCCCUUCUUUCUUUAGUGACAUGACUUGGUCCUAAAUGGAGCAACAACUUAGGGGAAAUUAUUGUAAAAUGUGGUUAAAUGCAACACAUGUAAUGUUCUCAUAUCAUCUGGUUAAUGCUCUAUUUUCACCUCACUCAGUUGGUUAGAUUACAACAUUGUUGGAAGAUAUUUGUUCCGUUGGUCAAAUUACAACUUUGUAAGAGGUUAGGUUUGGUAAGGAGAUUGUUUGUUCCAAUACAUUGUCCAGUUAUACUCCAGCUCUUUAUCUGCCUUCUAACCAGUGGAAAUCUACCAGUUUAUUUCAUGAUACCACAUCAACAAAUGUCAGUUAAAUGUUAAGUGUUGUGAAAUUAUUUCAGCUUAUAUUUUGUUCAUAAACUUAAAGGGACAAGUCUCUGGAUUUUAUGUCAUUUUUUUUUCAAAUUCCGAAACAUUGCUUUAUGUCAGUGUUUGACAAAAAUAAAUGAGAAAGUGUGAUGAAAUAUUAAUUUUAAAGAUGUCUUUUGCCAGUUAACAGUUACACAAUAAAAUUGAUACUUUUAUGUUAACUCGCAGCUGAGACCCAAACUUUUCAUGUUCUGAGUCAUUCACAAAGUUCCUGGCUGAUACUUUUUUCUUUGACUUUUGACUUUAUCACUGGCUUCGUCAAACAUUGAGGCAGAGAGAGCCACAUAUCUGCAUGUGUACAGGCCUGGGAAUUUUCAGUAUUGGUCCUGAUUUUAGGCUUUUCUCUGCCAGAAUUUCCUUAUAUGAGCCGCGCCAUGGGAAAACCAACAUAGUGGCUUUGCGACCAGCAUGGAUCCAGACCAGCCUGCGCAUCCGCGCAGUCUGGUCAGACUCCAUGCUGUUCGCUUUUAAAGCCUAUUGGAAUUGGAGAAACUGUUAGCGAACAGCAUGGAUCCUAACCAGGCUGCGCGGAUGCGCAGGCUGGUCUGGAUCCAUGCUGGUUGCACACCCACUAUGUUGGUUUUCUCAUGGCACGGCUUAUAUAUUUCUUUUCAAAACGGACUGUUCAGGCAUUAGAAAUUAUCAUGUUUUACAAAUCUUUCGCCUGUGUGUAAUGAUAGAAUUUUGAACUUUUAAUAUAAUUUAUUCUUUUGCUUCUUGUAGGGUACCUGUGUAAAAUUCAUUUUACUACGUUUUAUUCUGGCCAUUUUCGAUAACUUCCAGUUUUGACUUGAGUUGAAAAAAAUUAUAAUUACCACGUCAACCAACCUUUGAAUUUCCAUAAGGCUUUUUAUUUUACGUUAAAAACAGAUAAAAUGACUAACCAAAUUGAUAUUCUGCACAAUUUCAUGGUUCAAAAAGCACUACUUGCAAUAUUUCACAUGAAUUUACACUUUUAGAGCCAUAAAGGGAGGUAAGAUUCAAUAAUGCUUUCUACUGUGUUAAUCAGUAUUCAGUUUUUUUUUAUCAAAUAUGAGGAAUUAGAAUUAUAGAAUUAACAAGAAAUUAAUAUAUUUUAUGUUCAUAGCAUGUGGCAGCCUGAUUAUAAUUAAAGGCAAUAGAAAUUAUUAAUGCUUUAAAAUUACAAAAAUUUAUAUUCAGAUUACGUUAUAUUUGUAACACAUUGUUUUACAGUAGAGGCAGGACAGAGUCAUUUUUGCUAAACGUUUAAAGUACAUCUAAAGUUUUAUGCUUGGACAGUUCUCAGCUAGACAACCAUUGUAAAAGAUGGAUCAUUUAUUUAAAUACAUUGUAUAGCAUAUUUUUUCUGUCUAUAUGAAGACAGGGCAGACACUUGUGUUGAGUGUUCCAUGCUAUAAGCAUUAUCAGUUCAGUACAGAAAUUAUAAAUAAGCCGCGCCAUGAGAAAACCAACAUAAUGCAUUUGCGACCAGCAUGGAUCCAGACCAGCCUGUGCAUCCACGCAGUCUGGUCAGGAUCCAUGCUGUUCACUUUCAGAGCCUAUUGCAAUUAGAGAAACCGUUAGCGAACAGCAUGGAUCCUGACCAGACUGCGCGAAUGCGCAGGCUAGUCUGGAUCCAUGCUGGUUGCAAAUGCAUUAUGUUGGUUUUCUCAUGGCGCGGUUCAAAUCAUAUUUAUUAAUAUAUUAUAUAUGAUUCAAUCAGUUAUCAAUGCAACUUUUUAUCAUUGUUUAAAUGUAGCAUGUGUGUGUAAUAAAUUGUCAUGAAAUGAGAA